AUGCCCACACCAUAUACUAUAGGAUGGAUCAAAAAGGGUCCUUCUGUUAAGGUGACCGAAUUAUGUUACGUGCCACUAUCACCAGGAAAGACAUAUCAUGACUCUAUUAUUUGUGAUAUUGUGGAUAUGGAUGCAUGCCAUGUAUUGUUAGGGUGGUCGUGGCAGUAUGAUGUCAAUGCUACACAUGGCGGCAAGAAGAAUGAGUAUUCUUUCGUAUGGAAGAAUAAGAAGAUCAUCCUACCUCCUAUUCCACCCUCUCCAAAGAACCCCAAAGAUCAAAAGCCCAAACGGAUAUCUCUUUGCAACAAGGGUGAAUUUCUGACAGAGUCAAAGGAGUUAAAGCAAAGGUUUGCAUUAGUUGUGAAGGAAGAAGUGAAUACAAUAUUGGAGGUUCCAAAGAAGAUGAAGUCACUGCUUACGGAAUUUGAAGUAUUGGUUCCUGAAGAGUUGCCAGAGGGACUUCCUCCCAUGAGGGAUAUACAGCACCACAUCAAUUUCAUACCGGGUUCGGAUGAGAAGGAGCAUAUGUCACAUCUACGAGAGGUUUUCCAAGUGCUAAAGGAGAAUGAGCUUUACAUAAACCUUAAGAAGUGUGUGUUCUUGACUACUCAGCUGAUAUUCUUAGGAUUCGUGGAGAAGAUUACUACUGCUCCCAUAUUAGCAUUUCCAGAUUUCGACAAGCACUUUGAGCUUGAGUGUGAUGCGUGUGGUGUAGGUAUUAGAGAAAUACUCUCUCAAGAGAAGCGCCCCUUUGCUUUCUUGAGCGAGAAACUGAAUGAAGCUCGGCAGAAGUGGAGUACUUAUAAACAAGAAUUAUAUGCUGUUUUUCAUUCUUUGAAGACUUGA